AUGCGUGGCGGUAAUGCGGUGGACGCGGCGCUGGCCAGUGCCAUAACCCUGACUGUGGUGGAGCCGAACAAUAACGGCGUUGGUAGUGAUGCCUUCUGUAUUCUCUGGGAUGGCAGUGAGCUGGUUGGUCUGAACGCAUCCGGGUGCGCGCCUGCUGCCUGGGACCUGCAGCACUUUGCCGGUUGCAGCACGAUGCCGGAUCUAGGCUGGGACAGUGUCACGGUGCCUGGCGCGGUCAGCGCCUGGGUGAAGUUAUCAAAACGCUUCGGCAAGCUACCGUUUGCAGACCUGUUUAUUGAUGCGAUCCGUUAUGCACGUGAUGGCUUUAUGGUGGGUCCGAAGUCAGCUUAUUACUGGCAGUUGCUGGAGCAGCGUUACGCCGCUUUUCCUGAAUUCGGUGCCCACUUUCUGCCUGCGCCGCAGGCUGGGCAGCGUUUUAAGCGGCCAGAUCUGGUAAACACGCUGGAGCGUAUCGCCGCCAGCGAGGGGGAGGAUUUUUAUCGAGGAGAGCUGGCUGACAGGAUGGAUGCAGCAGCACGGGCAGAUGGCGGCUUGUUGCGAAAGUCGGACCUUGAGGCGCAUGACGCGUUGUGGGUUACUCCCACGCAGCAACCUUAUAAAGGUGUAGUCCUGCAUGAAAUCCCGCCCAAUGGUCAGGGGCUGGCUGCACAGAUUGCCUUAGGUAUUCUGCAGCACCUGGAGGCUGCGCCGGUGGACUCUGAGCUGUGGCUGCAUUACCAGAUUGAAGCCAUGAAAAUUGCGGUGCGGGCGGCGCAGGACCAUUUUGCUGAUGCCCGUGCCAUGACUGUGACGCCGGAGGAGCUGCUGGCACCUGGCUCGCUUGCAGCGGCGGCGCGUUCCAUUGGCGAUCAGGCGAGUCCGCUUCCACCUGUGGCGUUGCCGGUGAGUGCAGACACGGUAUACCUCACGACGGCAGACGCGAGCGGCAUGAUGGUGUCGUUCAUUCAAUCGAAUUACCUGGCGUUUGGGUCUGGUGUGGUGAUACCCGGUACCGGCAUUUCGCUGCAGAAUCGCGGCGCCGGGUUCAGUCUUGAUCCUGAUCAUCCCAAUUGCGUCGGUCCGGGAAAGCGGCCUUUUCAUACCAUCAUCCCCGGUUUUGUUACCCGGGAUGGCGCGCCGGAAAUGAGUUUUGGUGUGAUGGGCGGGCAUAUGCAGCACCAGGGUCAUGUGCAGAUGGUGACCCGCAUUUUUGAUCAUGGUCAGAAUCCCCAGGCGGCCAGCGACGCGCCCCGGUGGCACGUCGAUGAAAAAUUUUCUGUGGCGCUUGAGGCUGGCCUGGACCCGGCAUUAUCCAUGGGUUUGCAGGCCCGGGGCCAUCGUGUGAUCACAGAUGCGCGUGAGAGUACUUUUGGCGGUGCUCAGCUGAUACAGAAAACUUCCGAUGGCUAUGUGGGGGGUUCAGACCAUCGCAAAGAGGGUUGUGUGGAGGGAUCUGAUCAGACGUUGCGUUCCACCGAGCGAUUACUGGAGAAAGCGGACUGGUUGCCAGCACCGUUAACCCUGGAGCUGCUGCAUGACGAAUUGAACCGGCCCCUGACCCAACUGGUGGUGCAGAGCCUCGAAGCUCAGGCGAAAAAGAAGCGUCUGUCGAUGCUGUUUCUGCAACUGCACACCGGUCCACAAGGCCGUCAGGUGCUGAUGAGUAAUGAUGGACGUGGUGCGCGUCGCUGGAUCUUCAUUGACGAUCUGACCCUCGACACUUUUACUGCUGCCCUUGAUGCGCUCUGCGCAGGCAAAACCACUCUGGUGUGGCCACACGGUGAGGUGACUAAACUGGUGCGUCAGCUGGAGCGUCGCGAUAAAACCCAUCAGGUCACCCUACCGUCAGACAACGUAGUUACCCUCGCACUCACGGCAUACCCCGCGACGUUGAAACUGGAUCCAUAUCCGGAUAGUCCACCGCGACCGGAAAACGAGCUGACCCAUUUGGACCGGCUUGAGGCUGAAAGUAUCCAUAUCAUGCGGGAAGUGGCGGCUCAGGCAGAGAACCCGGUGAUGCUCUACAGCGUGGGUAAAGACAGCGCGGUGAUGUUGCACCUGGCGCGCAAAGCGUUUUACCCGAGCCCGCCGCCAUUUCCUCUGAUGCACAUUGAUACCCGCUGGAAAUUCAGAUCGAUGUACGAAUUCCGUGAUCAGAUGGCUCAAGACAUCGGCAUGGAGCUGAUUGUUCAUAUCAAUCCUGAAGGCAUAGAAAAGAACAUUAAUCCGUUUGAUCACGGCAGUGCGCUACACACGGACAUCAUGAAAACUCAGGGUCUCAAGCAGGCGCUGGAUCAUCACAAAUUUGAUGUGGCUUUUGGUGGCGCGCGCCGCGAUGAAGAAAAGAGUAGGGCCAAAGAGCGGGUCUUUUCCUUCCGCAACGAAGCCCAUCGCUGGGAUCCAAAAAACCAGCGCCCGGAGCUGUGGAACCUUUACAACGGCUACAAGCGCAAGGGUGAAAGCAUACGGGUGUUUCCACUGUCCAACUGGACGGAGCUCGACAUCUGGCAGUACAUCUAUCGUGAACAGAUUCCCAUUGUGCCCCUCUAUUUUGCGGCAGAACGACCUGUGGUGGUCCGUGAUGGCAUGAUCACCAUGGUCGAAGACGAUCGCAUGCGCCUGCUGCCUGGAGAAGAGAUCCAGACCCGCAGGGUGCGCUUCCGUACGUUGGGAUGUUACCCCUUAACAGGAGCGGUGGAGUCCGAUGCGGACAAUCUGUCUUCCAUAGUUCUGGAGUUGUUGCAGAGCCGCACCAGCGAGCGGCAGGGCCGGGCAAUUGAUAGCGACAGCGCCGGUUCGAUGGAGAAGAAAAAACAAGCCAAUCUUGAUCUGCUGCGCUUCAUUACCUGCGGUAGUGUAGAUGACGGCAAAAGUACGUUGAUUGGCCGCAUGCUCUAUGAAGCGCAGAUGAUUUUUGAAGAUCAGGUGACGUCCCUGCAGGCGGAUUCGAAACGCCAGGGUACCCAGGGUGGAGAUAUCGAUUUUGCGUUGCUGGUAGACGGCUUGUCUGCCGAGCGUGAGCAGGGUAUUACCAUUGAUGUGGCUUACCGCUUCUUCAGUACGGAUCACCGCAAAUUUAUUGUCGCGGACACUCCCGGGCAUGAACAAUACACCCGCAACAUGGUCACCGGUGCGUCUACUGCGGAUGUUGCUGUGAUUCUGGUUGAUGCCUCUCAGGGGCUGCUGACCCAGACCAGGCGGCAUUCGUUCAUUGCGUCACUGCUGGGCAUUAAACACGUUGUGCUGGCGGUGAACAAAAUGGAUCUGGUGAACUACGACGAAACCGUUUUCAAUCAGAUUGUCAGCGAUUACGAAGAAUUUGCAACGCAGCUGACAUUUGAACACAUCACCGCCAUUCCGCUCUCUGCUUUGAAAGGUGAUAACGUUAUUGAACGCUCGGGCGCCACCAGCUGGUAUGCAGGGCCGACGCUGCUGGGUUAUCUGGAAACCGUAGAUAUUCAUCACGAUGAAGAUACUCAGCCGUUCCGCUUUCCGGUGCAGUGGGUGAAUCGACCCAACUCCGAUUUCCGCGGGUUUGCCGGCACCGUAGUGGCAGGCAGUAUUCAACCCGGAGACGAUAUCCGGGUGCUGCCUUCAGGCGAAACCGCGAAGGUGGAUGAGAUUAUUCUGCAUCACGACAAACUGCAUAAAGCGCACACCGAUCAGGCGGUGACGCUGACCUUGGACCGAGAGGUAGAUGUCUCGCGGGGCAACGUUAUUGUGGCUGCAGAUUCACCCUGUGAAGUGGCUGAUCAAUUUGAUACAUCGCUGGUGUGGAUGGACAGCGAAGAAGGCUACAUAGGCCGCAGCUACUGGAUGAUGAUUGGCACGACAAGGGUCAACGCCACGCUGACUGAUGUGAAGUUUCGCUACAACAUCAAUACUCUGGAGCAUCUGUCAGCCAGAUCGUUCGGGUUAAACGAUAUUGGUCGUGUGACCCUGACGCUGGAUCAGCCGAUUGCCUUUGAUGCUUAUCUGGAUAAUAAAGCCAUGGGCGCCUUUGUUCUGAUUGAUCGUUACACCCACGCCACUGUCGGCGCAGGUAUGAUCAAUUUUGCCUUGCGGAGGGCGACCAACAUUCACCGCCACACCCAUAUUGUCGAUAAACAGGCACGUGCGGCGCUGAAAGGGCAGAAAGGCAAGGUCAUCUGGAUGACCGGGCUAAGUGGCUCGGGCAAGUCGACCGUCGCCAACGGUGUUGAACAGGCACUGCACGCUCAGGGUAAACACACGUUUAUUCUCGAUGGCGACAAUGUCCGCCAUGGUCUGAAUCGGGAUCUUGGCUUCACCGAUGCAGAUCGGGUGGAAAACAUCCGCCGCACCGCUGAAGUUGCAAAACUGAUGGUGGAAGCAGGACUGAUUGUGAUCACCGCUUUUAUCUCGCCGUUCCGUUCCGAGCGGGAUAUGGCACGGGCGCUGUUUGAAGAGGAGGAGUUUGUUGAGGUCUUUCUCGAUGUACCCCUGGAAGUCGCAGAACAGCGGGAUCCUAAAGGUCUGUAUCGCAAGGCGCGUCGCGGUGAGCUGCCGCAUUUCACAGGCAUAGACUCGCCUUACGAGGAACCGGAAAGCGCCGAACUGCGCAUUCCCACGGGGGAAAUGAGUCUUGAGGAAUCCGUGCAGCAGGCGCUUUCAUGGCGCCUCUUAGGUACGCUUUCUACCGCCAUGGUUGCCUAUUUUGUGACCGGCGCGUGCGCUCCUGCUAGCAUGGGGGCGCUUCAACAAUGUGUUGUCCUGAUGGCUUUAAGACGUGCCCUGGUUGUAGAUGAUUCCAGAUCAGCGCGAAUGGCGCUGAAAAAGCUGCUGGAAGAGCAUCAGCUUGAAGUUGAUCUUGCCGAUUCCGGUGAAAGUGCAAUUGAAUUCCUCAAGAAAGCCAGCGUGGAUGUGAUUUUCAUGGAUCACACCAUGCCCGGCAUGGAUGGGCUGGAAGCUGUAUCCGCGAUCAAAGCCAACCCCAAAACCGCAACCAUCCCGGUCAUGAUGUACACCACCAAGGAAGGGGAGGUCUAUGUUGGGCAGGCGCGGGCGCUGGGUGCUGUGGGUGUGUUGCCCAAAAAUGUGCAGCCGCAUCAACUGUUCGAAAUGUUGCUCAAUCUGGGGCUGGUCAAAGAGCGGCGCGAUACCGCUGAACGGCAAGAACCCGACACCUACGUGCUCGACGACGUAGAUCGCUCUUUAGAGGCGCAGGCGCAAGGCAUAGCGGUGCAGAACCUGGUUACCCGGAUUCUUGAAGACCAGCACCUCACGUUGCGUGCGGAUAUUCUGCGCAGUCAACGCAGUUUUGCUAAAGAAGUGGUGCAUGAGCUGCUCAAAGAGCAGGCGUUGCAGAAAGCAGAAGAACUCUCUGAUGAAGAUGAGGUCCCCGAGCCUGCUACAAAGCUAAGUGGCUGGUGGCUGCGCGCAGCGCUGUUUGUUGCGCUGGUGGUGGCCUGCUUUCUGGCGUUCCAGUUCAAACUGCAGCGUGACGGAGCAGUUGCACAGCUGGCCCAGGCUGAAGCCGCUAAGGUUGACCUUGCCGCUGCAAGUCGGGCAGCGCUGCAGGCGGAUAACAGUGCGGCUGAACAGCAGAUUCAGCAGGUUCGGCAGAGCGCACUGCAAGGCCUGGCUGCGACGCUGAAUGUGAACACAGAUGUGCCGAUGUUCGCCCCGGCGUUCAGCGCCAAUUUAGCUCAGCGGUUGUCUGACGUUUUGCCGUUUCUGUCUGAGAUGGGUUUUACCGGUGAGGUGGUUGUCACCAGUCACCUGGGACGCUUCUGUCUGGUCAUCGAUGCAGCAGGCCAAUAUCAGCUGGCGGCAGAUGAUCUGCCGAUGCUGUCCUGUGACUAUGUUGGACACAUUGAUGAAGACAACACCUAUGUCAGUGAUCGUCUGUCCGUUGAGUUUGCCCAGUUGCUCAACACCCGUGAAGGCGCGUUGCCUGAACUGGUGCUGCUGGCCCUUGAUGGGGGCUCAUCUGCCGAAAUUGUGUCAUAUCCAGACAGUCAGGCCAGCGCCGGGCAGUGGAAUGCGGCGGCGCAGUUAAACAAUCGCGUUGAGAUCAGUUUUCGUCUUGCCGAGGCUGGUGCAGAAGUCUGUAUCUGGGGAACAAACCCGGCUAAAAAUGAGGCGGCGCUUGCGCAACUGGCUGAGAUUGGUCCGAAGGUCAGCGCCAGCGUCUGCAACGUGGCUGACGAAGCAGCGGUCGAGGCCGCGUUUGCUAAAACCCUUGCUGAUCAUGGCCGUGUAGACGGUUGUUUUGCUAAUGCCGGCGUUGGCGGCCGUGGUACGGGUUUUGAUGACAUGACCCUGGAGGAGUGGGAACACGUCAUCAGCGUCAAUCAGACCGGCGUGUUUUUUACUUUCCGGGCGGCUGCAAAACAUAUGCGCGAACGCGCGGAGCAGGGUGAUGGGUUUGGUCGGCUGGUGGGCACGGCAAGUCUUGCCGCCAUAUCGGGGCAGGCUCGGGGUGAGCAUUAUGCGGCGGCCAAAGGGGGUCUUAUUUCCAUGAUCAAAGCGCUGGCGGUUGAGUACGCCCGCUAUAACGUCACCGCCCACACGCUGCUGCCGGGUUGGAUUGAAACGGACAUGACACAGAGCGCGUUUGAUAAUCCGAAAUUUGUCACCAAUGUGAGCAAACGGAUUCCCGCCAGGCGUUGGGGUGUGCCGGAAGAUUUUGCUGCCAUUGCUAUCUAUAUUAUGAGCACUGCCAGUGCCUACCACACAGCGGCGGUUGUGCAACGAUUCAGUCGAAGUCUGAGCCUGGUACUGCUGGCGUUGGUCAGCUUGUCUGGUUGUGGUGGUAAACAGGAGUCGCGGACAACGUUUUCCAUCGCCACAGGUGGCACGGCGGGGCUGUACUAUCCGUUUGGGGGUGGCAUGGCGUCGCUGUGGUCAGAACACCUGCCGCAUGUGAAUGUUAAAGCUGAAGUGACCGGUGGUUCUGUCACCAACGUUGUCCAGGUUGCCCGACAGGAAAGCGAAUUCGGUCUUGCCAUGGCUGAUGUGGUGACCGAUGCCUAUCUCGGCCAGGGGCGCUUCCCCGAACCCUUACCGCUGCGGGUGCUGGUCAAUGCUUAUCCGAAUAUUGUGCACAUACUGACCCUUGCCGAUAGCGGCGUAACAUCGGUUGCCGAACUGCGCGGGAAGCGCGUCUCGUUGGGCGCGUCUGGUUCUGGUACGGCUAUCGCAGCAGAAAACGUUGUCACUGGCCUCGGUGUCGCGUUGGAGGAGCUGGCAGCGGCCUAUCUGAACUUUGGCGAAACAACGUCUGCAUUAAAGGAUGGCACCAUUGAUGCGGGUUUUGUGGUGGGCGGCCUGGGUCUGGCAGCGGUGACCGAACUGGCGGUUACGCGCAACCUUGUGUUAGUGCCACUGACGGACGCAGACCUUGUGACUCUGCAAAAAAAGUUUCCGGCUUAUGCGGGAUAUGAGAUACCCGCGGAUACCUACAAUGGCAUCUCAGAGCCGGUGCAGGCGCUGGGUAUCUGGAGCGCGGUUGUGGUUCAUGAGUCGAUGUCCGAAGCCCUCGCCUACAGCCUGACCUGUACCCUGUUUGCACACAAACAGGUGCUGUUAGGGGUCUCGCCGGUGGCUGAAGAUAUGAGCGUGGCCAAUCUUACGAAGCUGGCGGCAGUGCCGUUGCAUCCGGGCACGCUGAGGUAUCUGCAGGCCGUGCAGGGCAGCACUCCGGAGCAGGUGGACUGCCUGGCCGCUGACGAUUGGCUCAGUCCCACGGGUCGUCUGGUUUUUAUACUGGCCCUGUUAUUGUCUGUUUUCCAACUCUGGCAGCCGAUCGUGGGUUUCUUCCCGCCGGGGAUAGUGCCGUUUGAAUCUAUUUUCGGUCUGCUUCCCGCCACCUAUUUUCGACCGGUACAUCUGUGCUGGGUUCUGGUGAUCGGCUUUCUAAUCUACCCGUUUUCUGCACAGGCCGCUCAGCACCGAGGAUGGCGUCUGUUAGAUCUGCUGGUGAUUGCUGGCUUGUUGUGGUCUUCCUAUCGAGUGGUGCAGUUUGACUAUCAGGGCCUGGAUCACCUGUUGUACGGCUUGUCCUGGCCUGACUAUCUGGCGGGUCUGUUGUUGCUCGCCGCCACCCUGGAAAUGGCUCGACGUGCGGUGGGUGCGGUGAUGAUGGUGGUUGGACUGACGUUCAUCCUCUAUGCCGCGUUUGGCAACUAUCUCCCGGACGUGCUGGCAACACGCGGCUUCAGCUUCGAGCGUAUAGUCCGUUUCCAGGUGUACACCGGCGCAGGUCUGUUUGGUGCACCUCUCGGGAUAGCUGCAGGCGCGGUUUUCAGUUUUGUUCUAUUUGGCGCGUUUCUGCAGGUUACCGGUGCCGGUCAGUUUCUGAUCAAUCUGUCUUUUGCCGCAGCCGGUCGCUAUCGUGGCGGUCCAGCAAAGGCCAGUGUCAUUGCUUCAGCGGCGAUGGGUUCCAUUUCCGGUAGCGCCAUAGCCAAUACGGUGACCACCGGGUCGCUGACCAUCCCCAUGAUGAAACAGUUAGGCUAUAAACCCGAAGAGGCUGCGGGUAUCGAAGCAGCGGCGUCCACCGGCGGGCAGAUCAUGCCGCCGAUUAUGGGGGCGGGUGCUUUUGUUAUGGCCGAGUUCACCAAAACCCCAUAUGGCGACAUUGUCUGGAUGUCUUUACUGCCCGCGCUGCUGUAUUUCACCUCGGUGUUGUUGUACGUACAUAUCAUGGCUGUCAAAGGCGGCUUUACCGGUAUGAAGAAUCCCGCCGGGGCCUGGCGGGUUCUGCGUGAUGGUCUGCAUUUCCUUUUACCGCUGGUAUUGAUCACUCUGUUACUGCUGAACAAUUAUUCGCCGGUGCUGGUGGGCGUAUCAGGUUGUGCCGCGGUUGUGCUGGCAAGCUUGUUGCGUCGGCAUACGCGGGUAGGCCUGCCUGAAAUUGCCGAUGCGCUGCACAACGGUGCACGUAUGGCAGUGCCUAUUUCUGUGGCCUGUGCCGUUGCUGGGAUUGUGGUGGGUACCAUCGGGCAAACCGGUAUCGGCCUGCAAUUCACCGAGUCCGUAGUUGGCAUGAGCAAUGGGCAACUCUGGCUGGCAUUGAUUCUGGUUGCUCUGGCCGCGCUUGUGCUGGGUAUGGGCCUGCCUGCCACCGCCGCUUAUAUCGUACUGGCGGUGAUGACGGCGCCUGCAUUGCAGGAACUGGGACUGGCGUUGAUCACUGCGCACAUGAUUAUUUUCUGGCUAUCGCAAACCUCCAAUGUCACACCGCCAAUCGCGCUGGCUGCUUUUGCCGGCGCCGGUAUCGCCGGCGCAGCCCCCAUGCGUGCAGCGGUAGAGGCUUUCAAACUGGCCAGUGGUUUGUUUGUGAUCCCGUUGAUGAUGGCGUUUUCGCCGUUACUGCUCACCCCGGAGCGGAGCUGGGCAGAUGUUUUGCCCGCGGCGGGUUUAACCCUUUGUAUGGUGCUAGGCAUUGCAAUGGCCGUUGAGGGUUACCUGUUUGUACGCCUGCGCAGGUAUCUGGUUUUGCUCAGUGCGUUCAGUGUGGUUUUGAUGCUGUGGCCAUCGGUGCCCACCCGCAGUAUGGGGGCAGCGCUUUGUCUAUUGGUUGUCGCCGCAAAUUAUCUUGGCAGCCGCACAGCAGAAACGAUUUAA